UCUCUAGACCUACCUUGUCAGCACUCUGCUCUUGCUUGACAGGAAAACUAAGAAGGAAGAAAUGGCUAUGGAUUUGCUGCCUGCUCAGGUGAUGGAGUCUGUGACAUUCAGGGAUGUGGCUGUGUUCUUCAGCCAGGAUGAGUGGUUGCACCUGGACACUGCCCAGAGAACCUUGUACCGGGAGGUGAUGCUGGAAAACUACAGCAACCUGGUCUCACUGGGGAUUUCAUUUUCAAUGCCAAAGGUGAUCUGCUGGUUGCAACAAGGAGAAGAUCCCUGCAUGGAGGAAGAAGUCCCUCCAGACAGCUGUCUAGGUUUCAAGACUUGGCCUGAAAUAGAAACAUUGCCUCCCAGACAGGACAUUUUUAUAGAAGAAACAUCUCAGGGAAUAAUAAAGAAAAAAUCUAUUAAGUAUGGUCACUGGGACAUCAACUUUGGAGAAGCUGUGGAAUUUGAGAGCAGGAUAGAACAGGAGCAAGAGAAGAAACCUCUUAGGCAGAUGGUAGCCUCACAUGAGAAAACCAUCAGUGGAGGUGAAAACCAUGCAAAUCUUGAAUUGGGGAAAGGCUUAUUCAUAAAUACAAUUCUUGUUAAACAACAGAGUGUUCCUAUAGAAAACAUACCCAAUAUGUAUUAUAGUUUGGGGAAAGAUUUUAAGCAGAAUUUUGAUCUAAUGAGAUGCUUCCCAACUUACCUAGGAGAAAAACCUCAUAUCUGUAAUGAAUGUGGGAAGAGCUUCAACCAGAGUAUUUACCUUAUUGAACACCAGAGAAUUCAUACUGGCGAGAAACCCUACAAGUGUAAUGAGUGUGGGAAAACCUUCAGCCACAGAUCAUCCCUUCUUGCCCAUCAGAGAAUUCAUACUGGAGAGAAACCUUACAAAUGUAAUGAAUGUGAGAAAGCAUUUAGCAGCAGUUCAACCCUUAUCAAACAUCUGCGAGUGCAUACUGGAGAGAAACCCUAUCGAUGUAGAGAAUGUGGUAAAGCCUUUAGCCAGUGUUCAACCCUCACUGUACAUCAGCGAAUACAUACUGGACAAAAACCCUACCAAUGUAAUGAAUGUGGGAAAACCUUCAACCAGUAUUCAUCCUUUAAUGAGCAUCGGAAAAUUCAUACUGGUGAAAAACUUUAUACAUGUGGAGAAUGUGGGAAAGCCUUUGGUUGCAAAUCCAACCUUUAUAGGCAUCAGAGAAUUCAUACUGGAGAGAAGCCCUAUCAGUGUAAUCAGUGUGGAAAAGCUUUCAGCCAGUAUUCAUUCCUAACUGAACAUGAGAGAAUCCAUACUGGAGAGAAACUCUAUAAAUGUAUGGAAUUAUCAGAGAUUUCUGAGAGGAGAUAA